AGUCAACAUACUUGCCAUUCCAGUAAAACUAUCGGUAGGAUUAGUGCAGUCGUCAUUCGGUAGGAGUGUCGUGUUGAAGGCCAACGAAAUUUGAAGAAUUUUGCAAAUACUAGUAAUAUAUUUCCAUAACAUUUGAUCAAGAUCAUAACGUUAAUAUCAAAAUGUUCUACACCUGUGGUCCCAACGAGGCUAUGGUGGUCUCCGGGUUUUGUCGCUCACCUCCUCUGAUGAUUGCUGGUGGGAGAGUGUUUGUUAUCCCCUGCUUUCAACAGAUUCAAAGGAUCAGUCUGAACACCCUCACACUGAAUGUGAAGAGUGAUAAAGUCUACACCCGCUAUGGAGUUCCCAUCUCUGUGACUGGAAUUGCACAGGUGAAGAUUCAGGGCCAGAAUAAGGACAUGUUGGCCACCGCGUGCCAGAUGUUCCUGGGCAAGUCGGAAACUCAGAUCGCACAGAUCGCCCUGGAGACCCUGGAGGGACAUCAGAGGGCCAUCAUCGCCCAUCUGACCGUGGAGGAGAUCUAUCAGGACCGUAAGAAGUUCUCUGAGCAGGUGUUCAAGGUGGCCUCCUCUGACUUGGUCAACAUGGGCAUUGGUGUGGUCAGUUAUACGCUCAAAGAUGUACAUGAUGACCAGGACUACCUGGUCUCCCUGGGCAAGGCCCGCACAGCUCAGGUCCAGAAGGACGCCCGCAUCGGUCAAGCCCAGUACAAGAGAGACGCCGUCAUGAGGGAGGCCAAUGCCAUGCAGGAGAAAGUGUCUGCUCAGUACAAGAACGAGAUCGAGAUGGCCCAGGCACAGAGGGACUUUGAGCUGAAGAAAGCCGUCUACGACAUGGAAGUCAACUCCAAGAAGGCAGAGUCCGAGAUGGCCUAUCAGCUUCAGGUGGCCAAGACCAAGCAGCGCAUCGAGGAGGAGAAGAUGCAGGUGCAGGUGGUGGAGCGCACGCAGCAGAUCCUGCUGCAGGAGCAGGAGAUCACGCGCCGCGAGAUGGAGCUGGAGGCCAAGAUCAAGAAGCCCGCCGAGGCCGAGCGCUACCGGCUGGAGAAGCUGGCCGAAGCCGAGCGGUCGCAGCUCAUCAUGGAGGCGGAGGCUGAGGCAGAGUCCAUCAGGAUAAAGGGAGAGGCAGAAGCCUUUGCCGUGGAGGCCAAGGGCCGCGCUGAGGCCGAGCAGAUGGCCAAGAAGGCUGAGGCCUUCCAGCAGUACGAGGAGGGUGCCAUGGUGGACAUGCUGCUGGAGAAGAUCCCUCUGAUGGCAGAAGAGAUCUCCAAGCCCCUGUCCAUGACCAAGAAGCUGACCAUGGUGUCCAGUGGAGGGUCUGAGGUGGGCGCGGCCAAGCUGACAGGAGAAGUGUUGGAUAUUAUGACCAGGCUACCAGCGACCAUUGAGAAACUCACAGGGGUCAACAUCUCACAGGUUACUGGAAGGCGUGGCUGAAGCAGAGGCUGGGAAAUGGCACAAUAAUCCACCAGAUGAGAUGAGAUGACCUGUCCCAUUGUGCCUUUGGUGUGCAUGUCUAAGUUUAUUCUAUAACUGUCCAUAGUGUGUCUGAUAGCUUGAUUAGAUUUACUUGACCUCCAUGGCCUAAGUGAAAGGAUGCCAUUGGAUUUUUUACUCGUUAGUGAUGCUCUUUUAGUUUGAAUGUUUUUGGGGAGAUACAGAAGAUAGAAGAAGAAACCCCUCAUCCUACAAACAGAAGAGGAAGAUAUAUUGAAAAAUAUACAUAAUAUACCAUAUGUACCUUGUUAUACCAUAUUUACCUUGUAUAUUACAUUAUAUUUGAUAUAAUCUGGUUGUUGUCAUCUCAUGCAUGUCAGUACUGUGCUGUUUUUAAACCAAUCCACUUGCUCCUGUUGCAAUCUGUUGCCUCUUUCCAAAGUACUACACUGACAUUUAGAGAGUUUACUUUCUGAUCACUUUAUGUCAAUACUCUUAGCCAUGCAGGAAGCCGUCAUAGGAAAAACUGACCAAAUAUUGUGUGGUUACUUUUUUUCCUCCUCAGUUGUAUCUAUUUGCCUAUGUCCGAGCACUUCAGUGCAGGCUGUGUCCCCUACAGCACUGGAUCUACAGUUCAGGACCAUUUCAGUAUGUUUGAGGGAUGGAGAUACCUUUACCAGUUCAGUAAUGUCAGAAUGUCAGGUUUUAUGGGGUCUUGAACUAUUGAACAGAAUCUGGUCAGAUCUUAAAAGUCUGAUGGCCUAUUGUGGGACUUCCCAGUUUUAAAUAUGAAAUGUUUUGUUGCUCAAUUGCGUCUGUGGACCUAAGAAUACUGAAACCAUAUUAAUCACUU